AUGAGACCAUUGAUCGUGCAUAACGUCCCGGACGAGGAACUUUAUACCGGAGACGAUGGGAUUCAGCGUCCAUAUGCUAUGUAUUUCCCCGAAGGCGAACGUCAACGUACCCUCCCACGUACGCGUGCGCGAGAGGUAACAGAAUCGGGUUCCUUCGGUAAAUCAACUAGACGAUCUCGCUCUAGAACGGGAAGCGCGCCGCCGAAACGUGAAGAUGCUACGAUGCAUAAUGCCGAUAAAAUAUUUUCGAAUUACAUAGCAAGCCGACAGCAAGCCCCUAACGCAACGACAACAGCGACAACAAAUACCGCCGCUACCCAACGAAAGACGGGUUAUCUAGGGCAGACCGCUGCGCAGUCGCAAGAGGAUUCUGCUUCUGCCACUCAAGCUUCGACGUAUCGCAAGGAACCUGUUGAAGUUAUCCUGAGAGGUUAUUCAUCGCCAUCACAGCAGUAUGCGGCCAUCAACCAUUACGAGCAGCUGGCAGGGAGGAUAUGCGAGGACUACUCUAGAGAGCCGCCCGCCGAGGCGCGACGCUACAAAUCAGACCUGCGAGAUCCCGCGCUUACGAGGCGACAACCCUUGUCGGCCCCUGAGCGGGCUAAGGUUAGCAGGGUGGCCAGCGGUGAACACUGGGUGAAGAUUACGUUUGAAUCAUCGGAAGCAGCUGAAGCCGCGACGUACGCCUCUCCGCAAAAUAUAUUAGGUCAUCUUGUCUACGCCGAACCCUAUCGUGGUCUGCCUCCUAAGGAAGAUGCUGCAGUACUCGAUGUGAUCGGCGAUGGUGGCAUGAUCGAUCCGUUUAGGUCUAACACAUUCCGAAGCGUGCCGAAAAGGCCAUCGCAGCCCCGCAUAGAUAAGGGCACGACAUUCCCUAAGGCUCUCUUAACACGGGCAAUCGAGCGGACUACAAACCUACAAGACUCUCCCCCAGGAUCUCAAGGCUCAACCCAGACUAUGGAUACCACUACGGCAUCGACAGCAACGGUGACGGGUGCGGUCCCAGAACUGCAGAAUACAGAGCCAGUGGAUAAUACGUACUGCCGGCGCAUUCCAGAAGCUAAACGGGCUAGGAUCCUACCGGCCGACCAAGCCCUAGCCCCUCAACUGACUUGGCAGCAGAAGCUGCUGAUCUACAUUCCGCUGAUAGGAUGGUUUGGAGGCUCAAUGAUCGGGAACGAGGUGCCCCGUAACGAGCUCGGCGAGUUUGACUUCAACAAAGCUAGUUUGUACUGGCAACUGAUGUUUUACCUGGAUCUCUGGUUCGGUCUCUUCGGUCGCGAGCUCGUUAGUGGCGAUAAGGAAGACUAA